ACAUGGGGAAUUUUUGGGCUACUGUCAGCAACCUAUACUUGGUUGGCAAAGUGUCUCCGUGUGUGUGCGUUAAAACACCUUUACAAUACCAUCGAGCUUGCUAAUUACUGGAAAAAGCUAAACCCUGCCGCAUUUUCUGCGAUUAUUCCAAUAAAAACUACACUCAGCUUGUACACAUAAGGAAAAAAGCCUCGCGUUUACAAGUAGCUGUAAAUGAUGCCCAUUCCUUACACCAGCCAGGUGCAGAAGCAUUACCUAGUACUUAAAACUUGUAACCGAUCUAGACCAUUGAUACUGUUGUCCUUAUUAAUCUUACUUACCUGUUUGUCCUCUUCCCCAGGCAGUGCUUUUCCAGCUUGCCCUGUCCCGCGGGGCGCAGCUCCCUGGUGCCUAAACUGGGCGCGCAGGACAGCUGGGCCCAUCCGCAGGGCAAAAGAAAGGUUGUUGUGUAGUAGAAAACCAUGGGCAAUUUCAAAGGUCAUGCCCUGCCUGGAAGCUUUUUCCUUCUUUUUGGCUUGUGGUGGUCAGUGAAGUAUCCACUGAAGUAUGUCUGUCGAAAAAACAAGAAUGCUUGCUACCUUGGUUCCAGGGCAGGAUUUCAGCGCCUGGAAUUUGUUGAGGGGAUCAUCAAAGCUGUCUUUGCCCUGAUUGGAAUGCUGGCUGAGCAGUUUGUUCCUGAUGGACCUCAUCUGAAGUUGUAUAAUUAUGAGGAAAAACACUGGGAUCACUUGAUGAACUGGCAGCAUGCCACCAUGUAUCUCUUUUACGGCAUUUCAGGGUUGGUUGACAUCGUGGCUCAUGGGACAAAUGCGUUGCCAGUGGCCAUGGACAGAAUGAUGCUUUCAUUAGCAGUUUUUAUUGAAGGCUUUCUCUUCUGUUACCAUCUCCAUGGGAGAGCCAUGCUGGAUAUUCAUGUUCAUCAGUUAUUGUUAUUUGCUAUCUUUGGAGCUGCCAUUUGCAUAUUUCUGGAAGUUUUCUUCCGUGGCAGUAUUGUACUAGAAAUGCUCCGUACAAGCCUCUGCAUAUUACAAGGCAGCUGGUUCUGGCAGAUUGGCUUUGUUCUUUAUCCUCCAAAUGGGAGUCCUGAGUGGAAUCAAAUGGAUCAUACUAAUAUGAUGUUCCUGACAAUGUGCUAUUGCUGGCAUUAUGCUUUUGCUUUUCUUAUCAUUGCAGUGAAUUAUACAAUUGUCAGCUGGGCAGUUCGUUCAAAGAUUAAACAGUCGCAAUCCAUGGAGAUGGGAUUACUGAAAACAUCUGAACGAGAUCAGGAGUCUGAAGAUGAAAUUUAGUAUGAAUGGGGUUUUACUAGUUUGCCCACUCUACUAUUAGGCGAAUUGUUACCUCAUUUCUAGACUUGUUUACCAUCUUAUUCAUCCUUUAUACAACUUGCUAUGCAAAUAUCAUCCUUUGGAGUACUGUAUACAUCUGCACAGUUAGAUUUUUAUUUGCAGAGGGUAAGCUUGAUGUGUGAUGAUUCCGUUAAUACCUUGCUUAUCUCGUAUGUCAGUGGAAAAACAGAUUAAUAUUAGACAAACUUGGACUGGAUGAGGGGACAUUAUCAAGUCUGUGAGUUAGACUCAUUAACAGCUAGGCAAAAUGUUUUUCUUCUGCUUUUUAAGGAACUGAUAAGAUGAACUAAUUAAGAUGUCCAAAUAGGUGCUUUUGCUGAAUUGCAAGUCACUGUGCAUAAAUAACUGUGCAGACCUUGGAAACAGUAGAACAACAUAGAAAGUGAUAGUCUAACAGUUGCCUUGUCUAACACGUUUGUGUCUUUGCUUGUAGCUUUAUGUUAAAUGGAAAGAACUACUCACUGCAAAUCCAUUCCGCAUUUCUUUGAAGAGUAUGUGGUUUGGUCAUGCUCAUACAGACACUACCAAACUUCUAUAGGAGGACCAAAGAGGUGUAUAAUAAUUAAAAGUGACUGGAAUUAUUAAUCUCAUGCCUAGAUCUCCUGCCUCUUUCCUAUCUUUUGGCUUUGAAAGGCAGUGAAUUGGCUCUACUUCUCCCAGGCAUACUGAGUGACUUCUUUUCUAGAAAAGCUGAUGUGUGUCCAGUGGAGCAGCAUCUGACCACAAAGGCAGUUUCUUCACCAAUGUUAUUUUCUUUCCUUCAGUGGAAUUUAGUGGAAUUUCAGCAGGGUUCAGGGAGAGACACAUGACCAGACACAGCACAUAAUCAGGAGCAGGUAAUGUUGAACUGGAUUUAAUGGUGGAUGAGAUGGAUUUGCACCCUUUUCCCAAUCCCUUCCUAGCAAAUUCUAAGCAGUGUGCAUAAUGAGCUGUGUGAGGGCAGGUGUUUCAUUCAUAGUAACUCCAUGCCUAGCUAAUUGCAACAGGAUCUGAAUUAAAAAGAAAGAUUGUUUUUUAAUUGUAUUUCUUUUUUCAAAUGGACAAACCAAAGUCCUGAUCCUGUGAAAAACGGGGUGCCCUCCUCCGCAGCAUUCAGUGUCAGUAGGAUGUGCUCCAAUCUGAACAGUACAAAAAAAGGAAGUAAAAGAUACGUGGCAAAAGACAGUAGAAAGUUAUGUUGUAUGUAAGCGCACUGCCCCCAUGGGGUGGACAUCUGUAGUACAGCUCUAGCUCUAAAUGCAUCUUUUCAAAGACAUGGAUUAGCAUGUGGACAGGAGAGAGUGUUUGUUGUUCAGCAACACGUACACUCUGUUUUGCAGAGGAUGGAGCACAGGAGGAAUGCUGAUGGCAGUGGGCCACUUUGUAUAUCCAUCAGUAGUGAGGUGGUUAUUCUGGACAAGUAGCUCCCUUCGUUCAGAACACCUCUUGUAAAAAUCUUGUCGUCUUCUAAUUACUUUUGGAAAUUCACUAGUACAGGACAAUAAAUUCUGUACAAAUACUAUGAAUUCAUCAGGUUUAGUACUAUAGAAGUCUAUUUCUUUCACUAGUCUAAUAUCUGCAUAUGCUCCUAAAGGAAUGCAGAAUUGGACUCUGGUGGAUGAACAAGAGUUGCAGGAUCUGGUCCCUUCACUUUUGAGCUUCAUCUGUAUUUUUCAGUGUAAUUUGGAGAAAUGAGUAGCAUAACAUUACUAAUUGCAGUAGGCCUACUACAUAAGAAGAUAAGCACAGAAAAUAAUUUAUAGCUCAAAGGGAUCCCAAGACUUAGAAAAAAAUCAAGGCUGUUUCACCUUGAAAGGAACAUAAGCAUUCACCUCAUUUCCAGGACCCACAUACUUUUCUUCUCUUUUUUAAAGAGAGCCUGCCUUAGCUGUAUGUGCUGUUAAUGCUUAAGUUUUAGAAUGUCAGGUUUAUCACUGCCUUUCUAAAGUGAGUGAGGUUGUUUAUUCUGAAGCAGAUCUUAAGGAAGUGCUUUGCUCCUCAUAGGCAGAAACAAUGCAAGUUUCUUCACUGCUUUUCUGAAUAAAUAUAUUUAAUACUGUACAAGUACUAAGGUGCUCUGUCUCUAAACUAAAGGGAUAACCCAAGCAGGAGAAAAAUAUGUUAAAAUGGCUGAGCUUGGAUGUCUUCUUAGAAUACUUCAGUUGGUCAUUUUUGAGAAUACUCUAGAUUUUUGCUAAGUGUCAUGAAGUGACAUUUGGAACUAGAUGUGAGAUUAUCUGGAUGAGCCUAAUUCUGAAGGUGAGAAUAGUCAACUCCCAGACAUUUCUUUGUUUAGAAAUGUGUAAUGGGAAAUGGCAGAUGCAUAGCCAAGGAAAGAUCACCAUUUCUCUCAAUAAUUGUUUGCUCUUCUUUAGUGCCUUUCUCUGAAAUGUCUUGGAGAUUUUGGCAAACUUAAAAUCUGUCUCAGGGCAGUCUUGUGAGCUAGGUAUCAGUGUGGGUAUUUUUGCAGCUCUUCAUCUCGGCUUUACAGUGGUCUUAAUGUAAGCUCUGAAAUAAAUGAUACCUACUUAACUUGGCAAAUCUAAGACUUGAGUUUCACUGGUGCAGUUCCAUUAAAAUCAGAUUUUCCGUUGGCAUAAGUCAGAAGGAAUAUCCACUGGUUUUCUGAGGAGCUUGCCUGUUAAUAGUAGCAGGGAAAUAUUGACCAAAUGCAGUGUGUCAUUACACCCAACUACAAUCUUAUAUUUCGGUAUAAUUCAUUGUUCUACAUCACUAUUGUCUGUAAGCUUUUUUUAAAGGGCAGAAUUUUUUACCCAUUAGAAUUCUUGAGAUGUAGAGCUUUUGCUGUGCUAUGAAGUGAAGAAGAUAGUUUUAUGUCUAGCAGAACUUGGGGAUUAUUACAAAAGUUUGUCUUGAUAAGCCAAAAUCAGUUGACAAAGUCAGCCCCAUAGAUGAGUUAAAUAUUUUAAUAAUUUGAAUGAGCUGUGAAUUUGGAGGGUGUUUAGCAAAUUCUCCUUCUGAAAAAACUGCUUUUUUAGAAACAAAAAGUGCCAGUUCCAGAACUUGAUGGCCAGAAAAGAGGUAACCUGCCAGUGUUUCCCCUGUGACCUUCUCAGCCUUGCGAUUCUGACUCUCACCUGGGCAUUAUUCCAGCAGUGGUUGUAGGUCUGUGUUUUGUUGUGAGAGAACUCGAUUAGGGUUCAGCCUGCUGAGAGGUAUCAUCUGCAUCUCCCUAUGUCCCCUUUCGGUGAAUCUCCUGCAGAUUGUCAGAGAACUGGAAAAAUAAGUCUAUCAGACUCACUUUACUGGCUGAGGUGCAACCAUGCAUAGCAAAGACAUUUAUGAAAAACUCCAGUGACAAAGCUAAUACAGUCUGUGGCAAAGAACUCUAGGAUAUACUUCUUAAAAGUAACUCUUCAUAUAAGAGCAGGUCUCAUUGUAUUCUUAAGCUCGAAGAAAUGCAAGUCAAAACAGAUCCUGAAGUCUUACAGAAACAGUAGUCUCUUGGAUUUAAUUUUUAAUGUUUACACUACAUGUAGAGUGAAAGUUAAAGUGAGUUUCUCAGCCUAAUAUAUUUUUGGUAGCACAAAAGAAAGAAACAAUCCAUUUAAGGAGUGGUCAUUUGUUAAGCGGAACAUUUGACCCAUUCUUUUCAAGCAUUGUUCAAAAGCGGUGUCUAGAACACUAAGGUAGCUAUUAUGGUUAAAAAGGUAUGACCUUUGUCGUUCCACUAGCAACAGAUUUUGUUUGAAUUUCAUGAGUGGAUGGAAGUCUGACGAGUUUACAAACACCACUCAGAAAAAGGUAGCUGCUCUCAAGAAAAUUUAAAUUAUUGUUAAAUAUUGGUGCCUUUUAAAAAACUAUAUGGUAGUUAAUAAUAGAAAAGAUAUGCCUGUAAUUUUAUUUAAAUAAAAAUGAUUUAUUCAUCUAAGAUAUCUGUCAUGUUUUCAGGGGAAAAAUAUAGUCAUUUAUGGGGCAGAGUGAAGCGGGGUAGACAUGUUACCCUUAUGGCCCACUUGGACAAUUCUUUCAUUUUGCUGUCACUUACAAUACAGAUGAAAAUAGCUGUUCUUGAGACUUGGAUGGUAGAUCUCCACAGAGUCACAAAAGUCAAAUGCUAGGGGUUAAGGGGAUCCCAGAUUUGGGUCUGUUCUCCUGUUCCGUAUACCAUGGAGCAGUCAGCAAGGCAUGUGAACAGGACUGUAUGAACUGUGGAUUUUUCAGUUUUGGCAAGCUUGAUAAUAAAAAUAUUUAGGAUUGUUUUGACCUAUUUAACUUUGCUCUCUUUUCUCUUUAAAGAAAAAAAAACUCUUUCAGCUGUAAGAUGAAAAUGCAUUCUGAAACCGAAAAACUGAAGUAUUUGGAAAAAUGUUUAUAAUUGCGGGUUUUUUCUUCUCCAUAUUUUGGACCACUUUUAAAAAUUAACACUCGGGGACUGUAUUUGGCAAAAAUUUGCAAGAAAUUUUGGCUUCUCUCAAACUGUGUUUUGGUGGAUAAAUUUAUUAUUCAUUAAAGAUUAUAGUUGCGUGGCUUUCUUCCAUCAUUCCAUGGAUUUGAUACCACUUUCCUACAUAUUUUACAGGUGGUGUUUUUUCAGUUAUAGAGAACUUCAAGUGGUAUAUACUUCCAUGUACAUAAGAAAACUUUUAAAUUUCUCCAGGACUAGGUAAGGAAGAGAAAGUCAGCAUUUCCUACUUUCUUAUAUCAUCUUUAUGUUCUGAAAGAAUUGCAGAAGACUUAAAAUAAUCAGUAAGAAAUUUUAAAGAGCUAGAAAUAGCUUUAAAUAAAUAAGUUGGGGAAUCAGCUAGUUUGCAUUAGAAAACCAAACGUACCAAUGUCUUCGUAUCCCCUGAGGUUGCGGCUAGGGCCAGUUACCCCCAAACAUGUCACCAGGGAGACUGUUUACUCUCAUGUUUGAUGACAAGGAAGAGCCAGUGACAGACUACAUGCCUGAUGCCAUUUAGGUAAUCAUGUAAAAUGCACAUUUUGGCAGCCAUGCUCUCUAUAAAACAUAGCAGAUGCAGUGUGUGGCGGGAGCUCAGCUCAGAGCAGGGGUGUGAUUCUCUUUGCAGGGAAGACCGGGGACCUCGCGGUCACUUCAGUGUUUAGCUGAGACACACAGGAAACAUUUUAGUUUGGAUGAAGAGAGCACUUUGGGAGCACAUCACCAGAUGGUCCUAACUUCAAGUGCUUUGGUUUGCCUCAUGGAGAGGUAUCAGAGCAUGGGAACUGGAGUCAUUUGAAAUGAGAUUGAAUUGAAAGAUGCACUGCAGCGGUGUGCCUGAUGUGCUCCAAGUACUAAUGGGCAUUUGAGUCCGUGGAACAAAAAUAGAGCCCCAAAACACAGCUGUUGUGUAAUGCAUAAUUAUUGCACUCCACAGGUCUGCUCCUAGAGCACCACGGAUGUACAUGCGGCUAUAGGUAAGGCAAAGGGUUUGUCUGAUACUGGAAGGAGGGAGUGAAUCGCUGAUCACAACGGUAAAUAGAUUAAAUGUGGCCUUCUCUCUUUCUCUUAUCUGUACUUCUGCAAAGCUUUGUCGUUGUUCUAAAUUCUAUAAAUAAACAUUUUUAUUUGCUUUUAUCUAAACCUAGCUUGAAUUAAGAGUGAAUUUGGCAGUUCAAGGCAUUUUGAUUCUGAAGGUUCAUUUGUCUUUAAAGCUGAGGCAACUAGACAACUUUUGUCUGGUACCUUAAUGCAGU